AUGGAUGAGCUGACGUGGAACAACAUCACGGGGAAUGAGUGUAACAUGUCGCGUGUGAGCAUUGAACAAAAACUGGAGGUCAUCUGUUUGAACGGAACCUCUACAAAAGCAUCAACAUGUGAUCGAUUAGCCCAUGGAAUCAGUCUGUCCACUCCUAUAAUCAUGACAACAUUUGGCGUGCUCGGCAACAUUCUAGCCUUGAUUGUCUUGUACGCUUCUAGGCGAGAGGCUCAAGCACGUAGAACAGUCUUCUUCGUAAUGCUGUCUGGUCUGGCUUGGACGGAUUUGAUUGGUCUUAUUUCUGUAAGCCCUAUUGCCAUCAUCACAUACGCCAACAAUUUAACAUGGGUCGGAGGCGCGCCCUUGUGUCGUUACCAUGGGUUCAUGAUGGUGUCUUUUGGUGUGGUCAUGCCACUGAUUGUUUGCUGCAUGUCGGUGGAGAGAUUCUUGGCCAUCAAGUUCUCAUAUUACUACGCUAGACAUAUCACCAGAAGAAAGGCCCAGCUGAUAUUUCUUGGCUGUUGGGCAGUGACUACUUCAUUUACCGCCCUGCCCUUUAUUGGAUUUGGCAGCUACGAGCUUCAGUAUCCUAACUCUUGGUGUUUCUUGAACUUUCACAGAGAGAGCACUGUUGAUACCGUUUACGCCGCCAUGUUCAGCAGUCUCAACAUUAUUGCUAUCGUCAUCACGAUCCUGUGUAAUCUUGUUGUGGCGGAAACACUCUGCCGACAUAGACUUCGGCGCAGACUUCGCAGCUCUCCGUCUAUUGAUAGAAAAUUGUCAGUUUCAGGAAUCGGCUCAGCUACGUCAGGGACAGUCAUUCGGCAGAAGCAUCACUCGGACAUGGAGGCUCAGAUGAUCUGGUUUCUGUGUCUAAUUACCAUCGCCUUCAGCGUCUGCUGGCUGCCUUUAAAC